AAUUUAACCAAAGUCAAAUAAAGGAAUUAGAGAGGCUUUGUUUUUCUUAGUUUCAUUCAUUCAUUCCCUCCCUCUCUGUUUUUAGCAGUGAAAAAUUUCAAAGGAAAAAAUUAACAUCAUUUGAUAUCGAUCUAACCUUCAGAAAAAGAAAAAAGAAAAUGUCUUCAACACGCAAAAAGCGUCCAAAAUCCAAGCAUAAUUCAUAUUCAAAAAAUUCUUCAUUGAACUCCAUACUCGAACCACCCCAAAGCUUAUUCCCUUCAAAAGGCGAGUUCUUGCGUCUCAUUACCGUACUUGCAAUCGCAUCCGCUGUAGCUCUCUCCUGUAAUUACUUCCUUACCUUCUUUACCUCCACCUCUAAACCCUUUUGUGAUAGUAACUUAGACCCCAUCGAUUCAUUCUCAGAUUCUUGUGAGCCUUGUCCAAGUAAUGGGAAAUGUUAUGAAGGCAAAUUGGAAUGUAUUUAUGGUUAUAGAAGACAUGGAAAGCUGUGUAUAGAAGACCGAGAUAUCGAUGAAACAGCUAAGAAACUUUCUGAAUCUGUAGAAGCUGGCCUUUGUGAAGCUUAUGCUCAAGUUUUGUGCUAUGGGACUGGGACAGUUUGGGUUCGAGAAAAUGAUAUUUGGAAUGAUUUAGACAGACACAAGUUGAUGCAAAAUGUUGGUUCAGACCAUACCACAUAUGUGUAUAUGAAAAGAAGGGCAAUGCAGACAAUAGCUAAACUAUUGGAGACAAGAGCAAAUCUACAUGGGUUACAUGAAUUCAAGUGUCCAGAUGCUCUGGCAGAGCAUUACAAACCUUUGACCUGUCGUUUUCGUGAAUUGGUCUCCAAGCAUUCUCUUAUUAUCAUGCUUAUUUGUGCUGGGCUUAUAGGGUGUGCAGUAUUGUUCUUGAAAGUCCGUCAAAGAAUGUAUAUUUCGGCUAGAGCUGAGGAGCUUUACAAUCAGGUCUGCAACAUGCUCGAGGAGAAUGCAUUGGGGUCAAAGAAUGUCGAUGGUGAAGGUGAAUCAUGGGUUGUUGCCUCAUGGUUACGAGAUCAUCUUCUUUUGCCUAGGGAAAGAAAGGAUCCUCAGUUAUGGAAAAAGGUUGAGGAAUUAGUACAGGAUGAUUCUCGAGUAGAUCGUUACCCCAAGCUCGUUAAGGGUGAAUCAAAAGUGGUGUGGGAAUGGCAAGUUGAAGGUUCUUUGAGCUCUUCGGGGAGGAGAAAAAAGGGGGAGGGAAUCGAACUAAAAUCAAAUGAAGGCAUCAACACAAACAUAAACCAAUCCAGCCGCACAUUGAAGACUGAUGGUCCUGUCCGAACAGCAUUGGACACCGGCUGCGGGGUAGCAAGUUGGGGUGCUUAUAUGCUGAAGAGAAACAUUCUGGCUAUGUCAUUUGCGCCUUGGGAUAAUCACGAAGCACAAGUGCAGUUUGCACUGGAACGACGUGUGCCUGCCGUUAUUGGUGUUCUUGGAUCAUCUAGAGCAUUGGAUAUGCCUCGACGUUCUCGGUGCCUAGUACCGUGGACUUCAAAUGGUAAGUGGUAAUUAUCUAGAAGGAUGUUGAGCUUCAAAACAAUCCGGAAAUUGAUGAGCUUUCUACAUGUGUACUUGUUUAAAUGGAAGUCGACAGAACUGGGUUCGAUUAAUUGGAAGACCUACUAUAAAACUUGGAAACGAUCUAAGGAAGAUCUCAACGCGGAACAGAGAAAGAUGGAAGAGUUAGCUGAACUUGUUUGUUGGGAGAAAAAAUACGAGAAGGGAUAUAUUGCUAUUUGGCGAAAAAGAGUUAACUAUAAAUCUUGUCGUAGGAAGUCUAUCAAUAUGUGUAAACCGAGGACGCAGAAGAUGAUGCAUGGUGAGUUUAGUAUUGUCAUUGUAAUUCUUUCAUAUUUGGCAUUUAGGUACACGAAAAUGGAAACGUGCAUAACCCCGUUCCCUAAGGUUAGUAGCGCGAGCAAAGUGGCGUGCGGGAAGUUGGAGAAGUUCCCUGCUAGGCCUUUUGCUGUUCCUUCUUGGAUAACCGAAGGACUUGUUGAAUCUUACCAAGAAGACAAUAAACUUUCGAAGAAACACGUGAACGCUUACAGAUGGAUAGAUAAAUUGAUCGGUACUACGAGAUAUAGAAAUGUGAUGGACAUGAAUGCAGGCCUCGGAGGAUUUGCAGCAACACCCGAAUCACCGAAACAGUGGGUGAUGGAUGUCGUGCCCACAAUUGCUAAUGUUUACGAGAGAGGUCUAAUCGGAAUAUAUCAUGACUGGUGUGAAGGUUUCUCAACAUACUCGGGAAUAUAUGACCUUAUUCAUGCUAAUGGUGUUUUUAGCUUGUACGAAAACAAGUGUAAAUUUGAAGACAUGCUUUUGGAAAUGGACCAGACUUUGCGGUCUUAAGGUGCUGUAAUCUUCCGGGACGAUGUCGAUGUUAUAAACAAGGUUAGCUCAAUUGCUAAAGGCAUGAGAUGGGAUAUAAAGAUGGUGGAUGAUGCAGAUGAAGGUGGUCCCCUUGUAACAGAGAAAAUACUAGUUGCGGUUAAACAAUACUGGGUCGGUAGCAACGGAGGAAACAGUACUGUCAAUGACGAAUAAACCGUUUCAACAAGUUAUAUUAUUUAUUUCGAAGGAAAUUACAAAAUCCAGACCAAGAUAUCAACCGGUGAUUAAGGUGGGAAAGUGACUCAGAGCUUUGGUUAAAGGGAUGUGGUUUUAGAUUGAAUUAGUAUAAUAUAACACUCAAAUUUUGAAGAUGAUAUUAUUGAGAAGGUAAUUAUAAACCUUAAACAGAAGCUGAAAAAUGAGUAUGAAAAAUGAAUAUGAAAAAUAUUAUGAUGCUAUCCAAAA